AUGUUCAAGCUGCUGGUCUUGGCUCUAUGCUUUACGGGUGGUCUUUCGGUGUUGUUGGACGAUGUCUAUGAUCCGUUUCCGUUUAUGUGGCAAAGAGAAAUAUUUCACAAGUGCUCGGAGCCAACGGUUAACGGAUAUAUUUCUGGUGAAUGCAUGUCUUCUGUAAGAUGUACACUUUUGGGUGGCACUGUUGGACAAAAUUGUGGAGUUGGAAAUUGUUGUACAUUUGUCCAGAAAAAUACGACGUGUAAAGCAAUAACGAGCGCCAAUGGUGAACUCGAGGGUGUGUGCAUGAACGAUAUUAAGUGCAAAAAAUCGGGUGGUUCUCCAAAGGGAUUGUGUGGGUUCUUUGAGAAGUGCUGCAUUUACGACAAAAGCUGCAACAGAAUAACCACGGCUAAAGUGUCAUAUUUUGAAAAGCAGGUUAAAGUAGAUGAAGACGUGAACAAUUGUAUUUAUGACGUGUAUCUAAAUAGUCCCAGUGUUUGCCAAAUAAGAUUAGACUUUGAAACAUUCCGUUUGGCAGAUGCUAGUUUUGCGGAUGAUAAACAUACUUGUGUCACAGAUUACUUUGACAUUGAACCCAAGCACUACAAUAUUCCAAGAAUAUGUGGUUCCAAUGAUAACAAUCAUGUUUACGUUCACUUGCAACCUGGAGACGAUAAGAUCACACUGAGCGCAAAAAUCAAGAAGAGGACGCAAAAUUCUAACCUGGAGUUGCCCUAUUGGAAGAUCAAAAUUACACAGUUACAAUGUACUGGAAGUUACAAACAUAUAGACACCUCACAGUACGAUGCGCCUCUUUUAGCUCCCCGUGGUGCCAUACAAUAUUUUAUGGAACCUUCUGGUACCUUUUAUUCAUUUGGGUACAAGAAAUAUUACACUUCCGGUGAAAAUUAUGCUAUUGCGUUCAAGAAAGACCCCGAUUACUGUGGUGCUAAGUUCACUUUUAAAUCGAUGAGUAUGCCAACCGAUACGGGGUCAACCUGUUCAGAUUAUUUGUAUAUACCGGGAACAGAAGAUGAUGUUUCAAAAUAUUGUGCGGAAGGACAAGCUAUAGCUAAGGUGCCUGGACCACUUUCCAUUUUCUUUUCAUCUACUGCAAAACAAGACAGUAAUUAUUAUUUUAAAGUCCAAUAUGAAAUGUUAACCGAAUGUUAA